GCCUAUCGAGAGAAAUUUAGGGUAUUACAACUUACAAAACUUGUACGAACAUUUGUGGCCUCUAAAAUAUGAUAACCAUUUUAUUAACAACCCAAUUUUAAGUGACCAUUUAAGUAAAUUACCCAAGGAUAUCCAUCCUCAGGAAGAAAGCCGUGCCAAGGAGGCCAGGACUGACCGCUGAAGCGGUCAAGCGGCCAAGCAAAUACAUCACCUAACAUCCCUUCGACUCAAAGCUUCAGAAAGCGUCGAUUAGACCACCGGAGAAACCGCACCGUCGCUGUCUUCUCCCCCCCUGCGAACUUGAGUCUACCCAAUCGUCCGCAUCCCUCCCUCUCCGCCUCUGCUGAUCGACUGCCUUUAAAAAUGGCCGGCGACGGCAUCGUGGAUUCCUCUCCGGCGGCUCCGUCCUGGUUCACUCCCAAAAGGUUACUCCUAAUUUUCUGCGCGGUUAAUAUGCUGAAUUACUUGGACCGGGGGGUGAUUGCCAGCAACGGGGUGAACGGAAGUCUAGAGACUUGUGAUGACAAAGGGAUCUGCAGUUCGGGCACCGGAAUUCAGGGUGAUUUUAAGCUGAACAAUUUCGAGGAUGGCGUUCUUUCGUCGGCAUUCAUGGUGGGGCUUCUAGUGGCAUCUCCUAUUUUUGCUUCCUUAGCUAAGAGUGUUAAUCCUUUUAGGCUUAUCGGGGUUGGAUUAUCUGUUUGGACAUUUUCAACUGCCGGGUGUGGGUUCUCGUUUAAUUUUUGGUCUAUUGCAGUAUGCCGUAUGCUGGUUGGUGUUGGUGAGGCUUCAUUUAUAAGCCUGGCAGCUCCAUUCAUAGAUGACAAUGCCCCAGCUACUGAGAAAACGGCUUGGCUUGCAAUGUUUUACAUGUGCAUACCAACUGGAGUUGCUUUAGGUUACGUCUAUGGUGGAGUUGUCGGAACCUAUUUAAACUGGCGCUAUGCGUUCUGGAUUGAGGCACUUUUGAUGCUUCCAUUUGCUGUUUUUGGAUUUCUCGUGAAGCCUUUGCAAUUGAAAGGUUUUGCUCCUGCUGAGUGCAAAGUUCCACUGGCUAUGAUUCAACUACGUACCAAACUGUUCUACAGCACUGAUAUUACAGGAAAAAAUUGUUGCUUUUUGUAUUGCAGGGAAAAGUCUACACCCAUGAUAAUGAUCCAAUUGUCGCUUGUUUUAAAGGACUUGAAAGUGCUUUUACUGGAUAAGGUUUAUGUCGUAAAUGUUUUAGGUUACAUAGCAUACAAUGCAGUGAUUGGAGCAUACUCUUACUGGGGGCCAAAAGCUGGCUAUAAUAUUUAUAAUAUGAGCAAUGCUGACCUUGUGUUUGGAGGGAUUACUGUUGUCUGUGGAAUUUUCGGAACACUAGCUGGAGGGUUCAUACUUGACCAUAUGACUGCUACAAUCUCAAAUGCUUUCAAGCUUCUUUCUGGGGCGACACUUUUAGGUGCAAUCUUUUGCUUCUCCGCCUUCUGUUUUAGAAGCCUGUCCGGUUUCAUACCUGUUUUUGUGGUGGGUGAGCUAUUGAUUUUUGCAACUCAGGCUCCAGUAAAUUAUGUGUGCCUCCAUUGUGUCAAACCUAGUAUGAGACCAAUAUCGAUGGCUGUAUCUACCGUCUCCAUCCAUAUCUUUGGCGAUGUGCCUUCCUCACCACUUGUUGGCGUCCUCCAGGACUCUAUCAACAACUGGAGAGUAACCACACUCAUUUUAACCUCCGUUCUGUUUCUCUCGUCUGCAAUAUGGUUCAUCGGUGUGUUUCUGAAAAGCAAUGACAAGUUCAACGAAGAUGGUGAAGAAAACGAAGUGCCUACAGGUCCCAAGGCUGCGUCGUUGGAGCCGUUGCUCGAAGAAACAAGGAACGACAUCCCAAAUAACUUCUGAUGCAUGUAUAUAAAAUCUAGCUAUGUAUAAUGCACAUCUUAUUUUCCAGAUUACACACUCAGCUUAGGCAACAAACAUACGACGACUUCUUGGAUGCUGUGUAUUCUGAAGUUCUUCUAUUUGUAAAUAGUCCCCGCACGCCUUCAAUUUCCAUACUCCUCUUUCCUUGAUUCAAAUACUGUCACAUGUGCUGGCAGUCACCUUCUGUUCCAUUACAAUCACACAGCAAUGGAGAAGCUUUCAGUUC